AUGACCGACUGGGUCUGUUUGUUAUUGAAGGCAGUCUACUAUUAUGGACAUCUUAUUGGUCUUGGAAACUUUGAGAUUGACUGGCGGACAGGUCGUGUCUAUACGUCCCCAAGCAGUACCAUCUACGCCCUCGCAACCAACGUCAGCAUUUUUAUUGUCCUGUUGUGGCAAAUCUUGGAACAAACUGAUCCCAAUGUGUUUUUUGGAAAUGCAAAUAAGCUGCUCGUAGCUGUUAUCCUUGUUUUGGUCGGACUGAGAGUGGCUUCAGGACUUCUCACCGUUCACAACAGAUGGCACCAGCGAGCCAAAUUCAUCCGCUUGGCCAGAAAAGUGCUCCGGUUAUUUCUGGAAAAGCCGCAGGUGAAAAGAAUGUGCCGGUGGAGAAUUCUUAUCAAGUUCAUCAUAGCCAUCGUCACUGACCUUCUGCAAGUGGCAAUCACCUGGGAUUCAGUGGGUCGUGUGGAUUGCAAUCAAUUUAUUGGAAUGACCUUGCAGUUUUGGAUGUCGACCAUUAUAAAUUUGGCCAUAUCGCAGCAUUAUCUGGUAGCACUUUUCGUUCGGGCAAACUAUCAUCUGCUAAACACAGAGCUGCGACGGGUGGUCAACGAAAGCAGGAUUUUGAGUUACCUCCCCCAAAGAAAAGGGGCUUUCAUGACCAGGUGUUGUUCCUUGGCGGAUCAGUUGGACAAUAUAGCUAAGCUACAAUCCCAACUGCAAUCCAUUGUGACCGAGUUAAAUGCGGUCGCCGGUGCUCAAGGGCUAAUGGUGUAUGGCGGAUACUACUUAUCCUCAAUAGCUACAUACUACUUGACGUACAGUAUCCUCAAAAAUGGUCUUGAAAAUCUGCAGUUAACUGUCCAAGCUGUGAUAUUGGCCUUUAGUUGGUGCUUUUUCUACUAUUUGGAUGCCAUGAUCAAUCUGUUCACGAUGUUUAAUCUGCUAGAUGAUCACAAGGAGAUGAUACGAAUACUUCAGGAGAGAACGCUGUUUGCAUCCGGCUUGGAUGUUCGUUUGGAGGAAUCCUUUGAAAGCUUUCAAUUUCAAGUGAUACGAAACCCGUUUCAAAUUGAAGUUAUGGAAAUAUUUUCUAUCACACGCAGUUCCAUUUCGGCCAUGUAUGGAUCUCUAGUAACGCAUACAAUAUUUCUUAUUCAAUACGACUUGGAAUAUUUUUGA